AGUGUAACAAUAACAACAACAAGUUACUGUCAGUAGUAUCAUAACAUUGGAAUGGCAAAAGCGACAAACUUGUUGCAAAUUUUUUCGCAUUUUACAUUUUUUUUUGCAUAUUCAAUUUAACGGUCUGAUACGGCGUUUAAAUGCGACUUGACUUCUUGAUAUAUGAACUACCUUGACAGUGCAGACGUCAAUUAUCACCUUUACGUUGUCAUUGACCAUAUUUGCUUUUUUUUCAGAAAACAACAAUUUGGCAGUAACUACAAAAGCAAUCGAUUCGAGCACUAAACCUGACGUCGUGUAGAAACCCGAAAUUUUCCAUCGCGUUUUUCUACUUGCCACUAUGUUGACUUGUUUGAUUUUGUUGCUAAUUUCUGACAAAAUAAUUGCUUCAUCUAAUGUUAAAAUCAGCACUCCUUUGGGCGAAAUAUUAGGAUCAACAAUUCUGAAAUCACGAGCAGGUAGAACGAUUUAUUCUUUCAGAGGGAUUCGUUAUGCCCAACCACCAAUUGACGACCUUAGAUUUCAGCCUCCAGUUCCUAUAACAAUUUGGUCUGGUGUUUACGAUGCUACAAAUGAUGGCCCAGCUUGUCCUCAGCCUCCAAACCCUGGGAUUACUUUCCCCACGUCAGAAGAUUGUUUGUAUCUCAACGUAUAUACGCCUAAGCUUCCAAGCAAACAAGAGAAAGUUAAACUUCCAGUUAUCAUAUACCUCCACGGUGGAGGCUUUAUUAUUGGAACAGCACGUAGUGACGUGUUUGGGCCUCAAUUCCUUCUCGAUGAAGACAUAGUUUUGGUAGUCGUCAACUACCGAUUAGCUACAUUUGGUUUUAUUUCCGUUAAUGAAAACGUCCCAGGCAACAACGGUCUUAAAGAUCAGGUAGUAGCUAUGAAGUGGACAAAGAAAUACAUAUCAGCGUUUGGUGGUGAUCCAAACUCAAUUACCUUGUUUGGCUUCAGUGCAGGUUCUUGUAGUGCCAACCUUCACUUGGUUUCUCCAAUGUCUCGUAACCUUUUUAAUAAAGCAAUUAUUAGCAGUUGUUCAGUGUUAGGUCCAUUGCCUCUACCAAGCCACCAGUUGGAUUUGGCUCGAAAACAAGCUCGAUUGGUUGGAUGUCCGGAUGACAAUCCCGAGGAAAUUUUAAGUUGCUUGAGGACAAAAUCUGCUGACGAAAUAGUUAAUACGUUUCCACAAUUUAAUGAAUUUGCCAAUAAUCCAACCUUAAUCUGGCUUCCUGUAAUAGAAAAAGACUAUGGCCAGAAACGGUUCCUCACCGAGCAUCCAAUAAAGUCCGUUGUGAAGCAUCGUUUUCAGGAUGUUCCUAUUUUAUCAGGAAUUGUCAAAGACGAAUUUGCUGACAAUGCAGCUGUUAUAAUCAAUAAUCCUAGUUUAUUAAAGGAACUAGAUGACAACUUUGACAAAUGGGGACCGGUUAUUUUCUUGUAUGAAAGAGGCACCAACAGAUCUAAAGAAAUUAGUCGGCAAGUAAGAAAGUUUUACCUGGGGGAUGGACCCCUAAACAAUGCAUCUCUUCAUGGAUUAGAAAAUGCUUUCAUGGACGCUCUUAUUGGAUUUGCUACUAACAGGCUUGUUGGUCUAUUUUCUCUAUACGGUAGAAGAAAAGUAUAUUAUUAUGAAUUCACAUAUCAUGAAUUAAAUAACACAGAUCUUGUGAUGCAUGGUACGGAUCAGUUAUAUUUAUUUUAUACUCCUGCUCUAGCCGCAGUGUAUCCUAGUCUUCCUAACCUUAAUGUGUCCAACAAGAUGGUACAUUUGUGGUCAAAUUUCGCUAAAUUCGGGAAUCCCAACGGAGCUGGUGACAACAAUGGAAUUGUUGACUGGAAACCUUAUAAUCGAGUAACGAAAAAAUAUUUAGAUAUUGGAGACAAUUUUGUUUUACGAAAUAAUUUACGCCAAGAAAGAUAUGCAUUUUGGAGAAAACUAUAUCCGAUCGAUAUUUGUUUAAAACACUAAAACAGCUCUGAAGAUUUAAUCUUGCUUAUGUUUUAAUAUCGGGCAAUUACAAAAGUGUGCACUUUAUAAAAAAAACUAUUCACAGUUUAUAAAUGAACAUGAUAAUCACUUAUUAUGACGGCUAUUUAAGUUAUGUAAUCUUCAAUAUUAUUUCACUAGUGGUGUAAUGAAGUUCAUUAUACAACUCAUUUGGAUCUUCACGAAUAAAUUUAUAUGGAACAUUUUAUUUAAGUAAAUUACAAAAAAUAAAUCACUGAUGUAUUAGGGUUACUAUAGACAUUAUUAACAUUGUGUUCGCAAUUGGAUAUAUUGAUACCAACUGAUGUGGUUACAGUAGACGCAAACAUUUUGUGCGUUUAUGGCUUCACACCAAUUUAACUCCCAUUAUAAUUCAAUAAGACGUCACAGCCGGAUGUCUUAAACCCGCUUACUGAUACAACCCUGACACGUGCCAUGGGUUGCAUUUGCUAAGUUUUACGGAGCGUCGGCUGUAAAGUACUUUAAACGUGAAAGCCAUAAACGCACAAAAUGUUUGCGUCUACUUUACGUGUGCAGUGUUUUUACUCUCUUUUUAUAGUGAUGUAUUGUUCGUACAUAUAUACUUGCCAUAAUUUCUUCUAAAAUUUUAGUGCCAACUUUUUUUUAAUUUUAUUUUAAUGUUUCAAUGAACCCCUCCGCCACUGUAUUCGAUUUCCAGCUUCCAUGGCGUUUUACGGUUAAGAGGUCUGCUCCAGAAUCUGCAAGCAUCGAAAUGGAAGAACGUCUGAAACAAUGCCCAGUGUACUCUUUAGGAUUUGAUAAAUUCAAAAAUGUAACGAUGUUUUUUAGCAUACUCCCAAAUGUACGAAAGCCUACAGGUUCUAUUGCACAAAGACCUUUUUUGUAGUAGCAUUAAUUUAUUAUUUGCCUUACAGGCUUAUUAAGACUCCCAGUAG